UUUUUUUCACCCAUUACAUAUCGGGUCAGAAACUAGGUCGGUGCUUUUAGUUUAACUUACCUAAAUAUGUCAGAGGUGGUAUCACACCCUGUUAAUGCAUGUACAAACAGAAGAAGAAGAUUUUAAAAUAUUGCUGUAUAAUUAUUCGGUUACGGUACUGCCAUUUUUUAGCCUAAAUUUAAAGUAGCAAACAUAACGGCAGACUUUCCGUUGAUAUAAUAUUGUUUUGCUUUUUGUUUGACUAACAUUUAAAAGAUAACGUUCUAGUUUAUUCGAAUACCAGUAAUAAAUAGCUUCUAAAAUAGUAUGUAUCAAAAUUCAAUCAAAAUGCAGAUACUAUUUUUCCUCUUCAUUGCAUAUUCAUAUGUGACUUGCGAAGAAAAUAAAGAUAAUGGUAACGUAGUAACUGUUACAAAAAAAGUAGAAACCAGAAAAUCGAAACAAAUGGUGUUUCAUAAUCCACCAAAUUUAGGCAAUCAGAAAAAAAUUUGGAAUAGUUAUGCCGUGGAUGAAGGUCAUUACCAUGAUCACCUGGUGCAAACAAAUCCCGGAAGAGCCAAAUUAAACAACAAUCGUAGGCAAACACUUUUCGCUAAACCUUUCAAAAACAAUGUUCACUCUGGAAGCAACAAAUACCAACCACAAGUAAAGCAUUAUGGCAAUAGAUAUUUAAGAAAACCUGCUACUAAUUAUAAUCAGUUUUAUCAAAAUUAUGGAUAUCAGCAGAGACCUUAUCGAACCCGAAGACCUGUAGGUGGAACUUCUAAAAGUACUAUUACUACUACCGUAACAGAAAAGACAGUUAAGAAGAAGUUCAAACCGUCAUUUGUGAUGAUGUAAACAACCAUAUAUAAACAUUACAAUACUUAUGUAAGGCUUUGAUUGG